GUUUUGGUUCUCGAUUUUUGUUGGGUACCCAUUUGUGUGGUUUUGUUGUUUUUGUAGAUUAACCGAUUAUCCCCUUGCCUUAAUCACAUUGCUAAUAAUUUUCGGUAUGCAUGCAGUUUCUCAUCUAAUGAUGGCGUUGAUGACAUUGCAAUGACUAACGAAGGAGAAGCGGCUGUUGUUGUUGGGAAAUCAGACGUCCAUACAUCCGCAGCUGGUGCUAUGAACUGUUGUUUAGAAGCCGAUGGCUGCCAGGGAAGUGGUGAGACUGUUGCCAGAGAGUGUUUGAAGCCCAAAUCGAGGAAGGCUAAAUUUGUAUAUGUUAGCUCAGAUGAGGAGUAUGAAGGUCUGUUUGAAAAAUAUAGUGUAAAUCAGAUGAAAGUUGUACAUUUAUUGAAGGAUCCUUGUGUCGAUGACCGUAGCUCUGAUUCGGGGAGUGAUGAGGUAGGGGAUGAAGGAUAUGAUUUUUACCACAGUUGGAAGGUUGAGGUUAUAGACGGACAGAGCAUGCAGACUAAUGUGCAGUCUUUUCCUGCAUGUGUUUCAAAACACUAUCUGCUGUGGAAUCAAAGAGGGAUUGAGCUUAUAGAUGAAGAUACUCGGAGGAGUUAUUAUGUGGAGAUUGGCUGGCCAGUGCGUAACGAAAAGCCGUUUAAGAGUGAAAAAUUUAUGGGUGGAGGAUGGCACGACUAUGUGAAGGAUAGGGAUGUCCGAACUGGAGAUACCUUGUGGUUCACCAUAGAGAAUCCUCCGUGACGGCUAUAUGUUACGUUGGUGAAGGGGUAGGGCGUUUUGGAUUUGGACUUGUAAUGUUGACUGUGUUUAUUUUUUUGGUAAUAUGUAUUGCCCGAACAGUAUGGUUGGUUUUAUUGUUGUUAAUUUUUGGUCGGA